GCCUGGCGUCCCUCUGGGCAAGAGGCCUUUGACAGUGCGAUCCUGAGCUGAGUGGCAGAGCGACCCUUUUGAAGGAUGAUAUCGUUUCCUCCCCCAGGAGCGCCAGCGAGGGUACUCUACCUUUGAGAGGCUGCUGAACAUAGAGAACAACCAGGAUCCAGCUAUACUUCAAUGGACCCCAGGGGCAUCUUGAAAGCAUUUCCCAAGAGAAAAAACCCCCAUGCUAACCUACCGUCAAAUGCACCCGCAAAGUUUCCCAAGAGGCAAGAGGAAGAAGCAAGAGGAUGGCUGAGCUCCCUGAGGGCCCAUGUUGUGCCCACUGGCAUUGGACGGGCCCGGGCGGAACUCUUCGAGAAGCAGAUUAUCCAGCAUGGCGGGCAGAUAUGCCCUGCCCAGGCCCCAGGGGUCACGCACAUCGUGGUGGAUGAAGCCAUGGACUGUGAGCGGGCCCUGCGCCUCCUUGGGCUGCCCCGGCUGCCUCCCGGUGCUCAGCUGGUAAAGUCAGCCUGGCUGAGCUUGUGUCUACAAGAAGGAAGGCUGGUGGACACAGCCCGCUUCUGCAUCCUCAUCCCCAGCAGGUACUUGGACCAAGCACAGUCCAGCCAGGCUGACCAAGACUCUUCUGCUCCUCCUGGGACCCGCGAGGUUCUACUAAAAUCAGCCGACUCUCCUCCCAGGGGAGCCAUAUCUCCUCCCCAAAAGGCAGACGAAGCACCAAGUACCCACACUCAGCCCAGCUCUGAUGAUGAAACCAGUGAUGCAGAAGGGCCCGCGGUUAGUGCAGCUGAUCUGGAAGUGCUGAUCAGUGGCCACUGCCCCACCCCAAAUGAGGAAAACAGUGGGCCCAGCCCAGCCCCAGAGGCCCUAGAUAAGUGGGUCUGUGCACAGUCCUCUAGCCAGAAGGCGACCAACCACAACCUGCACAUCACAGAGAAGCUGGAAGUGUUGGCCAAGGCCUACAGUGUUCAGGGAGACAAAUGGAGGGCCCUGGGUUAUGCCAAAGCCAUCAAUGCCCUCAAGAGCUUCCAUAAGCCUGUCGGCUCCUACCAGGAAGCCUGCAGCAUUCCUGGGGUUGGGAAGCGGAUGGCUGAAAAGGUCAUGGAGAUCCUGGAGAGUGGGCAUUUGCGGAAGUUGGACCAUAUCAGCGAGAGUGUGCCUGUUUUGGAACUCUUCUCCAACAUCUGGGGAGCUGGGACCAAGACCGCCCAGAUGUGGUACCAUCAGGGCUUCAGGAGCCUGGAAGACAUUCGCAGCAGGGCCUCCCUGACUGCCCAGCAAGCCAUUGGCCUGAAGCAUUACAGCGACUUCCUGGAGCGCAUGCCCAGAGAGGAAGCUGCAGAGAUUGAGCAAACUGUGCGAGUGGCGGCCCAGGCCUUCAGUCCUGGGCUGUUGUGUGUGGCGUGUGGCUCCUACCGCCGGGGGAAGCCAACCUGUGGAGAUGUGGACGUGCUCCUCACCCACCCUGACGGCAGGUCCCACCGGGGCAUCUUCAGUCGUCUCCUAGAGAAACUCAGGCAGCAAGGCUUCCUCACAGACGACCUGGUAAGCCAGGAGGACAGUGGCCGGCAGCAGAAGUACCUGGGUGUGUGCCGGCUCCCGGGCCCAGGGCAGAGGCACCGGCGCCUGGACAUCAUCGUAGUGCCCUACAGCGAGUUCGCCUGUGCUCUGCUCUACUUCACCGGCUCGGCCCACUUCAACCGGUCCAUGCGGGCUCUGGCCCAGACCAAGGGCAUGAGCCUGUCGGAGCAUGCACUCUGCACAGCCGUGGCCCGUGGCCCUCAAGGCUUGAAGAUGGGCCCUGGUCAGGUGCUGCCCACGCCCACGGAGAAGGAUGUCUUCCAACUCCUUGGCCUGCCCUAUCGGGAGCCAGCUGAGCGGGACUGGUGACAGGGCUGAGGGCUACUGCCUGACGUCCUCGCUUCCUGAGCAUCUCCUUCCCACCCUGGAAAAGGCCUCACUACUGGGGGAGAAGGAAGCCGCGGCGGCUUAUCAGCCAGGACCCCUUCAGUGGGGAGCAGAGCAACCUGCAUUUGCUGCCACCUUGCAGCUGCUUCUUGUGCAGUGGAAGAGAAGCGGGCACCCCAGCUCUGGAAGGGCAGUGUCUGCAGACCCAGGGGUGGGGGACCCAGUAAAAUGCAUCGGACUCAGCCUGUCUGGUGUGUGAGCCCUGCCUCUCCGCUGUCCGCCUGCCACCCAGACCAGACAAGUGGGGCCAGUGGUAGAGGCCAGAAGUGCUGGAGCCCUGUGGGCGCAGAGCGCAGAGAAGGCUGCCGUGCGGAUCGCAGGAACCUUGGAGCUGCGCUUGAUGGGCAGUUCUGACCUGAACUUGGGCCCAGGGUGGGUGCCCACCAUGAGCGUGCUAGAUGCCAAGUGGAGGUGCCGGCAGCCUGCAGAGCUGCCCCCCACGGCCCUGGUCUCAGUCCUGGGGCGGUGUGGUGGCUCCUGCAUGUAACCCCAGCUAUUAGGGAACUGAAGCAGAAGGAUUGAGAGUUUGGACCUAGCCUCAGCAAUUUAGCAAGACCCCCCAUCAAAACACACAUAGGCAAGCAAGUGAUUAUGUGGCCCUCGUAGCCUGAGCAGCGGGCCUUGGGCCGAAGUCUAGAUGCCAGCCUUCUGGAGGGGGUCGGGAAGCCACGUCCACAGCCAGAGCCCUGGUCAGAGGCAGACCGCUGAAGCAGACCUACUCCCCAGGGGCCUUAGCACCUGGAGCAGUUGGGGGCUUGUAGGGGCUCCUCACGGGGCCUGCCACGGCCCCGCCAAGGGUAGGAUCAGCAGAAGCCAAAGACUAGCCUAAGGCCCCUUGUGCAGUUGUGUCCCCUGUGCCCCAGCAGCCCCAGGCUAAGGAACAGGGCCCACUGUGGUGGCACUGGUAACCGGCCACACCGACCGGAAGUGCCACGCCCAGCACCCUGAGCCCCAGCUGACGCUGUUUCUGGUGCUGCUCCUCCCAUCUGCCUUCACCUUUUACCUGAGGAGACUCAGAAUUUGGGGUGUGCCCUCAAACAUACAGAUUCCUGGUCUGCCCCCCUGCAAGGGCAACAACCCUGGGCUGAGGAGACUGCUGCUGCGCUCCCGGGAGCUUGCACUGGGGUGGUGCCCUCCAGUGGCUGUGUUGCCCCUGUCUAGAGGGACGCAGCUGUGGUUAGGGCUGGCCAUCGAGAUGAGGUGAUUCUCCUGGGGACCUAAAGGGGGUCAGCAAGAGCGGAGAGGCGUCGGGUGGAAGAAGCAGGGGGAAGUGUGUGGCAGCCUGGGGAAGACUGGCUACAGGAAGGACACAGCGCUGCCACGCUGUUGACUGACACCGGUGGCUGGCUGUGGACCCAUCAGCUGUGAGGUGAAUAGUGGGUGUUGCCAAGGCACUAAACUUGUGGUGGUGCACCAGGGGACUAGAUACACCAGGGGGCCGCGGCCCAGGCGAGUCCUGCUGGGGCCUCUGGCCCUCUGAAGGGUAGCUGCUGCCAGGAGGGGAAGCCCCGUGCCUGGGGGAGUGAGGGUGGGCGGCCGCGGGCGCAGAUCUGGCCUUUCUCCCCACAGCUCCGGGUGCAGCCCACACCUCCUUUAGUUUCAGUCCUCAGGCACUGGUCCUCCUGGGGCUGCUCUGCCCUGCCUGGCCCUGGCAGGCAGCAGCCUGAUCUCUUCCCCGGGUUGGCACACCCUUGCCCCAGAGGGGGAGCAGGUCAAUAGUGUUUGCACCUAGGUUGCUAACGGAGGGAGGCUAUGGGUGUACAGGUGCUGGCCCCACCCAGUGUGGGGCCUGCGAGGCCACCUCAGCUUGCGGGUACCCUGGGGCCCCGCUUCUGCAGACUGAUAUUCCCACUGCUGCGUGGGGAACAGGCUUGGAAGGCCUGGCCUCAGCCCCCUCUCCGCCCCAUGAAGGCUCCACGUGGGAGCCGCAGCAUGGGCUGAUCUGUGCCCUUCAGAUUGCAGACCUACGUGAGAGUCAGCACGGUCCAGGAGAAGUGGCACCAAGCCCUCUGGGGUGUCCACUCUCCCCUGUGGGGAGCUCCUGGCAGCCCUGGCUCAGCUCUGGAAGUGGGGGAUUCUCAGGGCUGAAACCCCAAAGUGUCCCAGCUUCUGGGCCAGAUCUCACUGCCAUCACUGUCCCCACCUGGGGCCAGGGCUGAGGCUAGCCCUGCAGCAGACCUGGAAGAGUCAGACCUGGAGGAGUCACCCCUGAGGCGCCUCAGGGGUUCUUGAGGAUGACACCAGGAAGGUGAACCAAAGCCAGGCCCCCAAGGCCACGUCUCGCUGCUGGUGAACUAAGCCAGUCCACAGCCCUGACAUGGUGGUCUCCCCUGGCUCCCCUCUUCCUUUUCAUACAUGUGGGGGCUGGGGAGGUGCUGUAUGAGGCUGCAUGGUCACUGCGUGCCUGUGUACUUGUGGGCCAUGUGACUGUGUGUUGCGGUCUUUACUUAACAACUGAGUAUGUGUCCCUGUCCAUCCAGGCCUUGGGGUGCGGCCCCAUGUUGUCCGGGGUUCAGGCAGGCCUGGAGCAGGGAGACAGGCCCUGGGGGUGGGACAGGGACUGUGGAAGGCAGAGGAGCCGGGUCUGGGCCCUGGGCCCCAGGCCCGGUGUCCACAGAGGAGGCCGCAGGGUGGGCUGCUGGCGUCAGCCUCGAGCGGCCAUCAAUAGCACGCGGUUAAUUAAUUUGAUGGGAACAGCAGGGACCGCCGUUUGCA